GCGUGCUUCGUCGUCGUGGUCGUGGUGGUGUCUCCUGGCAGGAGGCCGCGGCCGCCAUGGCGGCCCUGAGGGCCCCGGGCCUCUCCCUCCCUGGCCGCCUGCUGCGGGACUUGAAGUAUGCACGACGGCAUUAUGCUUCUCAAAGCACCUUGAAUGAAGUGGUCAUAGUAAGCGCUGCAAGGACGCCGAUCGGCUCUUUUCUGGGAUGCCUUUCCUCACUUCCAGCUACUAAACUUGGCUCCAUUGCAAUUCAAGGAGCAGUUGAAAAGGCAGGGAUCCCGAAAGAAGAAGUGAAAGAAGCUUAUAUGGGAAAUGUCAUCCAAGGAGGACAAGGACAAGCCCCAACAAGGCAAGCAGUGCUGGGUGCAGGUCUACCAAUUGGCACCCCUUGCACUACUGUCAACAAAGUGUGUGCUUCAGGAAUGAAAUCUAUUAUGAUGGCCUCUCAGAAUCUUAUGUGUGGACACCAGGACGUGAUGGUUGCAGGUGGCAUGGAGAGCAUGUCUAAUGUUCCAUAUGUCAUGAGCAGAGGAUCCACCCCUUAUGGAGGAGUAAAGCUUGAAGAUCUGAUCGUAAAAGAUGGAUUAACGGAUGUCUACAACAAAAUUCACAUGGGUAACUGUGCGGAAAACACAGCUAAGAAGCUUAAUAUUUCCCGAGAAGAACAGGAUGCCUAUGCCAUAAGCUCUUACACAAAGAGCAAAGCAGCGUGGGAAGCAGGAACCUUUAAAGAUGAAAUUGUUCCCGUUACUAUAACCCAAAAAGGAAAACCAGAUGUGGUUGUGAAAGAGGAUGAAGAAUAUAAACGUGUUGAUUUCACCAAGGUUCCAACACUGAAAACUGUUUUCCAAAAAGAAAACGGAACGGUGACGGCGGCCAACGCGAGCACGCUGAAUGACGGAGCAGCUGCCGUGGUUCUCAUGACCGCAGAAGCGGCCAAGAGGCUUAACGUCAAGCCCCUGGCGAGAAUAGCAGCAUUUGCAGAUGCUGCCGUGGCACCGAUCGACUUUCCAGUUGCACCAGCUUAUGCCGUCCCGAAGAUCCUGAAAGACGCGGGUCUGAAAAAGGAAGACGUUACCAUGUGGGAAGUAAACGAAGCCUUCAGUUUAGUGGCCCUAGCAAACAUUAAGAUGCUGGAAAUCGAUCCCCGGAAAGUGAACAUCAACGGAGGAGCUGUGUCGUUGGGACACCCGAUUGGAAUGUCGGGAGCGAGACUGGUGGUUCACAUGGCCCACGCGCUGAAGCAAGGACAGUAUGGUCUGGCGGGAAUUUGCAACGGCGGAGGAGGUGCUUCGGCGAUACUGAUUCAGAAGCUGUAGGUCCCGGCCCGAUUCGAACCUUCAGCUCGGACCGGCGGGACGGUCCGACGUGUUCUGGGUCGGCUGAGGACAAACACUAGGUUAUUUUAAUCCUUUAAAUCGGUCGAGCGACCUUCGUCUGGCACUCUUUAUACGCAAUUUUUUUUUUUUUUUUUUUAAUAGAAACCGGAUCGCCGAGGCUUUCCGCCGAGUUGGUAGGGUGUGAAUAAACCCGUAGUUUGACUUGA